AUGCGUCCCGAAGUUGAGCAGGAGCUUGCUCACACGCUCCUUGUGGAGCUCCUUGCGUACCAAUUCGCCUCGCCCGUGAGGUGGAUCGAGACCCAAGAUGUUUUUCUCGCAGAGCAAAUGGCCGAGCGGAUUGUCGAGGUCGGACCGGCAGACACGCUGGGUGUGAUGGCCAAGCGGACCCUAGCCUCCAAGUACGAAGCCUACGAUGCUGCCAAGUCGGUGCAAAGACAAAUUCUCUGCUACAACAAGGACGCCAAAGAAAUCUAUUACGAUGUCGACCCAGUCGAGGAGGAACCCGAGCCCACCGCACCCGAGGCGAGCUCCUCGCCGAGUGCUCCGGCAGCAUCUGCUGCCGCCCCUGUUGCUGCGGCCGCUCCGGCACCGAGUGCGAGGCCUGCCGCCCAGGUCCCGGACGCUCCUGUUCAGGCAGUGGAGAUUGUGCGGGCUUUGGUUGCCCAGAAACUCAAGAAGCCUCUCCAGGAUAUCCCCCUCAGCAAAGCAAUCAAGGAUUUGGUCGGCGGCAAGUCUACCCUUCAAAAUGAAAUCCUCGGCGAUCUCGGCAAGGAGUUCGGUUCAACACCGGAGAAGCCCGAAGACACACCCCUCGACGAAUUGGGCGCGGCGAUGCAGGCUACCUUUGACGGGAACCUCGGCAAGACAUCUCAGGGCCUCAUUGCGCGCCUCAUAUCCUCCAAAAUGCCAGGCGGCUUCAAUAUCACAACCGCGCGGAAGUACCUCGAAACAAGGUGGGGCCUGGCGUCGGGGCGGCAGGAUGGUGUGCUCCUACUGGCCAUCACCAUGGAGCCGCCCGCCCGUCUCGGGUCAGAUGGCGACGCAAAGGCGUUCCUCGACGACGUUUCUCAGAAGUACGCCUCCAAUGCCGGCAUCAGCCUCUCCACUGCCACCGCCGCUGGGCCGGCUGCAGGUGGUGGAGGUGGCAUGAUGAUGGAUCCCGCUGCGAUCGAAGCCUUGACUAGCGACCAGAAGGCGUUGUUCAAGCAGCAGCUCGAGCUCAUCGCGAGGUAUCUCAAGGUAGACAUCCGUGCUGGUGACAAGGCGUUCCAAGCCUCCCAGGAGUCUUCCAAGGUCCUGCAGUCUCAACUUGACUUGUGGAUGGCCGAGCACGGCGACUUUUACGCUACCGGUAUUGAGCCAGCAUUUAGCUCCCUCAAGGCCCGCGUCUACGACUCGUCAUGGAACUGGGCUCGCCAGGACGCCUUGAGCAUGUACUUCGAUAUCAUCUUUGGCCGGUUGCAAGCCGUUGACCGUGAAACCGUCAGCCAAUGUAUCCGACUCAUGAACCGCUCAAACCCGACGCUGCUCGAGUUCAUGCAGUACCACAUUGACAAUUGCCCGACUGAGCGCGGGGAAACCUACCAGCUGGCCAAGAUGCUUGGUGCUCAGCUCAUCGAAAACUGCAAGGAUUCGCUCGGAGUCGAGCCCAAGUACAAGGACGUCGCAGUUCCCACCGGCCCCAAGACCACCAUCGACGCCGACGGUAGCAUGAGCUACGAGGAGGUUCCCAGAGCAAGCUGCCGGAAAUUGGAGCACUAUGUGCAACAGAUGGCGGAAGGCGGAAAGAUCUCGGAGUACGGCAAUCGGACCAAGGUGCAGAACGAUCUGUCCAAGAUCUACAAGUUGAUCAGGCAGCAGUACAAGUUCUCCAAGGGCUCGCAGCACGAGAUCAAGAGCCUGUACAGCGACGUGAUCCGCUCCCUCGGCAUGAAUGAGAGUCAGAUCAUCCCUAAGGAAAACGGCAGGCUCAACGGCCUAUCUAAGAAGGGCAAGCCUAAGGGCAAGGUCGAAACCAUUCCAUUCCUCCACCUCCGCAAGAAGACGCAGCAAGGGUGGGACUUUGACAAGAAGCUCACCAACGUGUACCUUGACUGCCUCGAGGAAGCAGCUAAGGACGGUGUUACCUUCAGCGGCAAGUAUGUGCUCAUGACUGGUGCCGGUGUUGGUUCGAUCGCGGCGGAGGUACUUCAGGGGCUCAUCAGUGGCGGUGCCAAGGUGAUCGUCACCACCAGCCGCUUUUCUCGUGAGGUGACCGAGUAUUACCAGUCCAUGUAUGCUCGAUUCGGCUCGCGCGGUUCUCAGCUCGUGGUCGUGCCUUGCAACCAGGGCAGCGUCCAAGACAUCAAUGCGCUGGUCGAGUACAUUUACGAUACCAAGGCCGGUCUUGGUUGGGACCUCGAUUACGUUGUGCCUUUUGCUGCCAUCUCUGAGCAGGGCCGACAGAUCGACGGAAUCGACUCCAAGUCUGAGUUGGCCCAUCGUAUCAUGCUGACCAACCUUAUCCGUCUUCUCGGGAAUGUCAAGGCGCAGAAGGCCACUCGCGGCUUCGAGACACGGCCCGCCCAGGUCAUCCUCCCGCUCUCGCCCAACCACGGGACCUUUGGCAGCGAUGGCCUGUAUUCCGAGUCGAAGCUCGGUCUGGAGACCCUGUUCAACCGCUGGGUUUCCGAGGACUGGGCCAACUACCUCACCAUUUGCGGCGCCAUCAUCGGCUGGACUCGCGGGACGGGUCUGAUGUCUGGCAACAACAUCGUGGCUGAGGCCGUGGAGCGUUUCGGUGUCCGAACUUUCUCGCAGCAGGAAAUGGCGUUCAAUCUGCUCGGGCUCAUGUCACCUACCAUUGUCGACCUCUGCCAGAACGAGCCGGUCUUCGCGGACCUGAACGGUGGCCUGCAGUUCAUCCCCAACCUCAACGAGACCAUGACGAGGGAGCGCAAGUCGCUCACCGAGACAAGCGAGAUUCGCCGCGCCGUCACCAAGGAAAUCGCGGCAGAGACCAGGAUCGUUAACGGCGAAGACUCGGAUGAUCCUUAUAAGAAGAAGAUCAUCGAGCCCCGCGCCAACAUCAAGUUCGACUUCCCGCCCGUUCCGGACUGGGAGUCCGAGAUUGCGCCUCUGAACGAGAACCUUAAGGGCAUGGUCGACCUCGAGAAGGUCGUUGUUGUCACUGGUUUUGCCGAGGUUGGGCCGUGGGGUAACUCCAGGACCAGGUGGGAGAUGGAGGCUUACGGCGAGUUCUCGAUCGAGGGCUGCAUUGAGAUGGCAUGGGUCAUGGGCCUGAUCAAGAAUCAUAACGGGCCGAUCAAGGGCAAGCCGUACUCUGGCUGGGUGGAUGGCAAGACCGGCGAACCCGUUGACGACAAGGACGUGAAGCCCAAGUACGAAAAGUACAUCCUAGAGCACUCGGGCAUCCGUCUGAUCGAGCCUGAGCUUUUCGACGGCUACGACCCCAAUAAGAAGCAGCUGAUGCACGAGGUUGUUAUCGAGGAGGACCUGGACCCUUUCCAGGCCUCCAAGGAUACGGCCGAGGAAUUCAAGCGGGAGCACGGCGACAAGGUGGAAAUCUUCGAGAUUCCCGAAACCGGCGAGUACACCGUGCGCAUGAAGAAGGGUGCUUCCCUCUGGAUCCCCAAGGCGCUGCGGUUCGACCGCCUCGUUGCCGGCCAAAUACCAACAGGAUGGGAUGCCAAGCGGUACGGCGUCCCUGACGACAUCAUCUCCCAGGUCGACCCCGUGGCUCUGUUUGUCCUGGUCUCCACUGUCGAGGCUCUGCUGUCGGCGGGUAUCACCGACCCGUAUGAGUUUUACAAACGCCCGUCGGUGCUUGCGCCACGGCUGUCGAGUCAGUCGACAUCGGCUACGAGACGAUCAUGGAGGGCAAGGCUCGCGUCUGCUUCGUUGGUGGUUUCGACGACUUUGGCGAGUGAGGGCUCUUACGAGUUCGCCAACAUGAAGGCCACCAGUAACGCUGUGGACGAAUUCGCCCAUGGUCGGACGCCCAAGGAGAUGUCAAGACCUACGACCACAACGAGGAACGGUUUCAUGGAAUCGCAGGGCUGCGGUGUCCAGGUCAUCAUGACUGCCAAGCUCGCAUUGGACAUGGGUGUUCCGAUCUACGGCAUCCUCGCCCUCACUACGACCGCGUCGGACAAGAUUGGGCGCUCAGUUCCUGCGCCAGGCCAAGGUGUCCUCACGACCGCCCGCGAACACCGCGGCAAGUUUGCGUCGCCGCUGCUCGACAUCAAGUACAGGCGGCGACAGAUUGAACGCCGCACCAGGCAGAUUGAGGAGGACAAGGAGGCCGAUCUCGAGUACCUCGCCGCCGAGGCGGAAGCGCUCAAGGCCGAGGGUCGGCCGGAGACGGAAAUCGCCGAGUAUGUGGCGGCCCGCGCAAAGCACCUCGAGAAGGAGGUUGAGAGGCAGACCAAGGAUGUGCUCCGCAGCUUCGGCAACAACUUCUGGAAGAGCGACCCGAGCAUCGCUCCUCUACGCGGCGCUCUGGCCACCUGGGGCCUCACGAUUGACGACCUCGGGGUUGCGUCUUUCCACGGGACGUCGACCAAGGCCAACGACAAGAACGAAUCAUCGGUCAUUUGCCAGCAGCUUGCCCACCUGGGGCGCACCAAGGGCAACGCCGUCCUGGGUAUCUUCCAGAAGUAUCUCACCGGCCAUCCCAAGGGCGCUGCCGGUGCCUGGAUGAUGAACGAGAUGCUUGCAGGUGCUCAACACUGGCCUUGUUCCUGGUAA